GUCAAUUUAAUAACAAAAUAAUACUUUCCCAUCUGUACUGUAACAAAAUGUGAAUUAUUAACCUAUAAACUCUUUUCUUUAAUAAAUUUUUCAGUGUAAAAAGAUUCAUACUUAGUGAUGGCAGAUGAUGAUCCAUAUGAUGGUGUUACAGGUGGUGGGCUAAAAUUAAAAAUUGGAAAAAUCAAAAAGAACAAGAAGAAGAAAAAGAAUAAAGCCAAAGAUAUUGUUGAGCAGUCUAGCCAUCCAGAGGUCCGUUCUGAUUCACCUGUGCCUCAAGAUGCUGUGACUAGUAAGAAACCCAGAAAAACAGCAGCAGAAUUAGCUUUUGAAAAGUCACAAGAAAAGAGAGCUGCUGAGCGAAUAUUAAAAAAAGCGUCAAAAACUCAUAAACAAAGAGUUGAGGAACUAAAUGAAUACUUGGGUGAGCUGUCAGAACAUUAUGAUAUACAGAAAGUGAGCUGGACUAAAUGAUUUUGUCACCAGAAAGGAUUUUUUAGAAUUGUAAUAAAAAGAUUUUACUGUCUGAUGAUAUUUAAAAGACGUUUUAUUUCAACUUCUUUAUUUAAAAAGUAAUUUGCAAACAGCCAACUUUCUAUACAAGUUCCAGCUAUUUUAUUUCAUCCUGAUAUUUAACCUUUCCAGAAGGUUAAAUUUUACAAGGGUAUUUCAUUCUUUGUUAGUAGAGGUAGUAUAGAUUUUUUUCUACGAUAUUGUUUCGUGUUUAUUGUUUCUACGAUAUUGUUUCGUGAAUCUGCUGCCUUGCAUUGUUUGGAAAUUUAUGACAAUGAUGCUGUGAAUAUUCUUUUUUAUUUUUUAAUUUAUUACGGAAAUAUAUAACAGUAGUUAUUC